GAAGGGCGGGAGGAGCGUGCAAGCCUUUUCCGCCCUGGGCCCGGAAGGGUGAUGUGGCUGGGGCUUCGCCGGCCUCACUAUGUCUGCGAUUUUCAAUUUUCAGAGUCUGUUGACUGUAAUCUUGCUGCUUAUAUGUACCUGUGCUUAUAUCCGAUCCUUGACACCCAGCGUCCUGGACAGAAAUAAAACUGGACUGUUGGGUAUAUUUUGGAAAUGUGCCAGAAUUGGUGAACGGAAGAGUCCAUAUGUUGCAGUAUGCUGUAUAGUGAUGGCCUUCAGCAUCCUGUUCAUACAGUAGCUUGGAAAAAUGCCAGAAUUUAAUUGCCAUCAGAUUUCAAUAUGAAAAAGACUUAUCUGCAGAAAAUAAUGGAAAGAAUGGUUAACCCUUUUAUCUCUGAACAUUGAGUGAGAUACAUUUCCAGCUGCUGUUCUCCAUUUUUAUGUUAUUGGACCAAUGUUCUAUGUAUAAUUAAGAUGUAACCAUUUAAUACUCAAAAAGUUGAAUAUGUCUGUAACAGUCAGUCUCUGUACUGUCACUACAAUAUUACAUCCUGCAAGUGUCAUUCUGUUGUGUCAGAUACCAAUUUUUAGUAAGGUAUCUCUAAGACAUAUAGUAGAAAACAAAAUUGGUAAAUUACUCAAGUUCCUUUCACUGUGAUUUGGCCAUGAUAAAUCUUUAUAGGAUGAGACCUUUUUUGGACUAGCUUUUUUAUUAGAGAAAAAAAUGGUUCAAUGUGUGUUGGUAAGGAUUGCAUUCAUAUUUAAUAAUGCUUGCUUUUCCACUGGCCACACCAUUUUGAAUGCAUGUUCACCUGAGUACCUCUACUGUUAGCAAAGUCUGUACUUUAUUACAGGCUUUUUAACUAUUUAAAAUAAGACUAUGCAGUUCUUAAGGAAGGAGAUAAAAGAGAUGUGGCUUAAGAGUGUUAUUGGGAAAAUGUUCACAUUUACAUAAGUUUAGAGUAUCCGACUGAUGUAGUAGCCUUUGAAACCUCUGGUCAAGUAUAUAUAAAUGUCUUAAGUAUAAAUUUGACCAGCUAGCUGUCUCUGAAAAAGAUUUCAUUCUUAGAAUGAAAAGAACAAAAUAGAGCAAUUAUAGAAUAAUGAUCUUAUAAGUGUUUUUCAUUCUUUUUUUUAGUGUCAAGUCUUAGAAAAUGAAACAAUUAUUUUAAUUGCCCCGAAAUACAAGCUGUAUUUUUGUUUUGUUUUUUUAAAUAUAGCACUUUAAAUCUAGUUUGCAUUUUGUCUGUCAGCUUAAACUGGAAUCUCAUAGUUAGUUGCUUCUGUACUUAGUAGGUGAUGAUAAAUAGUUUUCAAAUAUAUUUAUCCAUAUAUCUUGGCAUUAAUGUCUUUGAGCUUUGAUAAUGAAAGGAGAUCUUCAGUAAUUUUUAGUCUAGGCAAGAGGAAUAUUGGGAAUGGAACUUACACAUUUUGAAAAAAGGUAGUUAUAUAAGUUUGUGGUUAACAUUUCUUAAGGUUCAACUGAAAUUCAGUUAAAAUUUCAGAACCAGAAUUUUACAUACAAAGAAAUGUGGUACACUUCUUAUAUGUAGGUAGAUGGUAUGUUAUAGACUCAAAUGUUCACUGUUAAUGUUUAAAUGGUGGUAGAAACAUAGAUACUGGUAUUUUGACCUCCAGUUAGCAUUGAAUAUUUGAAAUUCAUAUAUCUGUUGGCGUAAAUAUACACAAUUUACCCAGAGGAAUGGAAGCUUUUGAUAGUCACAGAUUAUAUUUAAGAACUCAAGGGAAGUUAAAUUAUCCAAGAUUUUUUUUUAAUUUUAGGUUUCAUUUUAUAAGAGGAGCUUACAUCUAAGCUAAAAAUUUCCCUGUUAUGAACCAGUUGCCUGGUUGAUUCCAGCUCAUGGCAACCCCACAUGCAUUAAGAGUAGAGCUGUGCUCCAUGGGGUUUUCAAUGGGCUGAUUUUUCGGAAGUAGAUUGCCAGGCCAUUCUUCCGAGGUGCCUUAUUAUAGAUAUUGCUAAAUAGAUACUGUCCUCAGCUAUUAAUUUCCUCAAUAAAGAUAAAAGGAAACUCUCUCUUCUUUUUUUUUUAAGAAAAGAAAAUUAUUUAGGAUUCUACUAAUGAGUCUGCUAGUAGCCCUUUCUGUUAAAAAAAUAAAAAAAAAAAGUAUGAAACUGCAAGCCA